AUGAGCGCAUCGGGUGAGAGAUCCUUGCGGGAAUUGUGUCGAGUGCUUGAGGUUCAAACAGAUGUGACUGUGCAGGAUUUAAAGAAGGCGUACUACCGUAUGGCUAAAAAAUUUCACCCCGACAAAAAUCCGGAUAAUGCACUUGCCACAAAUCAUUUCAUACUGGUCAGUUCCGCGUAUCGAGCGCUUCACGAGGAGCUGAAUUCCGAGCGGGGUUCUCGUAACUGUCCGACGGCACAUACAAAUUGGUAA